AUGCCGCGAAAGACAAGCAAAGGCAUGCCAGAUGAGCACGAAUUUGCAGACCAAUUGCAGGAGUACACAAGCAGUCUGCACCACACCAAGCAGAACCGCACGCUUGUUGAUAGAGCAACGUACCAUGACCUUAUUGACUAUCUCUCUGGAGACGAUGACAACAUGCGAGAGCCUCGAUUCAGACAAUGGGCGGAUAAAUUCUUCUCACUUCGAAACGCCCCUCGUCAAGCAAAUGUGAUCGAGCUCGUUGCAGGUCCGCAAGACUUGCCUGUGGCACGCACAGAAGAUCUCUACGAGAUACUAGUCAGAGGACACUCUUCUCACGGCGGAAGAGACAAGACGAGCGCAGCCGUGAGAUCCAAAUGGUCUUACAUCCCUAAAGACGUUGUCGGUAGAUUUGUGAAGAUCUGUCCCACUUGUCAGUCUCGUCGAGCCGUCGUCAAAGCACCUCGCCUACCUGUCAGAACAUCGACGACACCCGAACCUCCCGCUCGGACAGCGUCAGCUACGACGCCACCCAUGCUCCUGCUUGGCUUACAUCACACCACGCCCUUGAUCACCCAACCUCUGGCAAACACGAUAUUGGCACCUGUACAGUCGUCAACCUCGCCUGCAAGCUCCUUGGAGCGAUUGUCAGAUGCAGUCUUUGACCGCAGAGAGUCUGUCUACUCUUACACUUCUUCAGAGGGCGACCACAGCUCUGUCGACACGUCACCACCCACGCCAUUCAAGCCCACGGCCCGAGACAAUUUUCUAUACUACUCACCAAUGUAA